AUGAGCAGCACUGCAGCCUCCGGCCACCAGGGGGAGCUCUUCUGGCUUCCCUUUAAAUCCCCCUUUAUACACAGUCUGUGGUUUGACUUCACCGCUGUGCCUAAUGAAGUGGCCGGGGCACAAAAGUCAGCUGCUCCGACCAAACUGUCCCAGGAACUAGAGUUAGAGACCAAACUGUCCCAGGAACUAAAGUUAGAGACCAAACUGUCCCAGGAACUAGAGUUAGAGACCAAACUGUCCCAGGAACUUAAGUUAGAGACCAAACUGUCCCAGGAACUAAAGUUAGAGACCAAACUGUCCCAGGAACUAGAGUUAGAGACCAAACUGUCCCAGGAACUAGACUCAGAGACCAAACUGUCCCAGGAACUAGAGUUAGAGACCAAACUGUCCCAGGAACUAGAGUUAGAGACCAAACUGUCCCAGGAACUUAAGUUUGAGACCAAACUGUCCCAGGAACUAAAGUUUGAGACCAAACUGUCCCAGGAACUUAAGUUAGAGACCAAACUGUCCCAGGAACUAAAGUUUGAGACCAAACUGUCCCAGGAACUUAAGUUAGAGACCAAACUGUCCCAGGAACUUGGAUCAGGUCUCAGAAGAACUAAACCUGGACCCGGCCCACGAGACCAGACCCAGGACUGCUCCCUGGUCACCGUGACGACAGUUUUGUUUCUGUGUGUGUGUUUUUAUGUGUGUGUGUGUGUGUGUGUGUGUGUUUGGCCGCUCUCAGCUGAAGUCAGUCUGCUGCUGCCAGCGGAGACUCUGCUCAUCUGUACCCGCUUCUCCUCCGCUCUUCCUCCGCUUCUCCUCCGCUGUUCCUCCGCUGUUCCUCCUCCUCCUCCACCUCCAGCCUCAGGAUCCGCUCCUCGAAGGUUCGACUGUGUGGACGAACGGACAGCGGCGGCGGCCAUGAAGCGGAAGGCGUGCGUCGAGCACCACGACCUUGAGGCGGCCGAGGCGUUGGUUAGCAUGAGCUUCUGGGGUCAAAGUUCACACAAGCCCCGCCCACUGACACCAACGUCAGACUCCUGCGACUCCGUCCAGCUCCACCCGGACGGAGGGGACGCCCCCAGAGACCUGGCGGCGCUGUCCUCGCUGUGCAUGACUCCGCCUCACAGUCCCAGCUUCACCGAGGCCUCCGCCUCCAGACCCGCCUCCCACCAUGUCCCCGCCUUCACCUCAGAGACCUCAGCGCCCCCCCCCCACACGGACUCGUCCAGCAGAGCCAUGGCAACCAGUGUUAUCCGCCACACCGCCGACAGCUUCGGCCUCGCCACCCCAUCCACCCCGUCCACGCCGUCCUCGCCGUCCACCCCGUCCACGCCGUCCUCGCCGUCCUCGCCGUCCACACCGCCACCAGACUGCCCGGCCCCCUCCUCGCCCCCCCCGGUGCUCUGCCAGGUGUUCCCGGUGGGUGGUGGGACGGGCAUGAUCUCAGCUUUCGUCCAGGGUCCGGUGCAGUUGCAGACUCAGGGGGGCCCCAAGCCCAUCCUGCCCCAGGCCCCCGCCCCCAGCUUUGCCCCGCCCCUGCUGGUGGGCCCCAGCGUGCCGAGGGGGGCCGUGAUGUUCGUGGUGCCGCAGGCCGCUGUCUCCCAGACGACGACGGCGGCCCCGCAGGCCGUCGUCACACUGGGCAACACCAAACUCCUCCCCCUGGCCCCGGCCCCAGUCUACAUCCCCACAGGAGGUGCAGCCAGCAGCAUCGGAGGCGGAGCCAGUGGUGUCGGAGGCGGAGCCAGCAGCGGCGUCUCGCAGGCCGAUUUCUCCCGGAGACGUAACUACGUGUGCACGUUCCCCGGCUGCAAGAAGACCUACUUCAAGAGUUCACACCUGAAAGCUCACCUCCGCACGCACACAGGUGAGAAGCCGUUCACUUGUCACUGGGACGGUUGUGAUAAAAAGUUCGCCCGCUCUGACGAGCUUUCUCGCCACCGGCGAACACACACCGGUGAGAAGAAAUUCGUCUGCACCGUGUGCGACCGCCGCUUUAUGCGCAGUGACCACCUGACCAAACACGCCCGCCGCCACAUGACCACCAAGAGGGCAUCCUCGUGGCCCUCCGAGACCCGGGACCCCAGAGGCCCCGAGCUUCCCGUCAGUCUGCUGGUCCCCGCCGGCAACUAAACCCCCCCCCCCCCCCCACCGAGCCCCUGGGACCACGGGGGCCCCCUCAGGACACCGGCCAUGUUUACAGGGUCUGAUGAAAGAAGAUGGCCGCCCCCUGCUGGAAGACUUAGUUUGUUUGAGGUGCUGCCGAGUUUAACUCACUCAGGACAUUUUAUUCCCACAACCCACAAACUCACCGGAGGAGGAAGAGGAGGAAGAGGAGGAUGAAGAGGAAGAGGAUGAGGAGGAUGAAGAGGAAGAGGAGGAAGAGGAGGAUGAAGAGGGUGGAGGCGACAGGCUGCUACUCAACCACGGACAGAAAACAACAAAAACCUGACAUUGCACUGGAUUGUUGAUUCUUGUUUUUUACUCUCAUGUUUACUUCCUCUCUACUUCCUGUUUACUUCCUGUUUAGCGUGCACUCUCUUUUCUUUCUUUUUGCCAAAGCCUGUGUGUCGUCCCUCUGUACAUACUGUAAAUAUCUCCAUAUCUAUAUGAGCGUGUACUCCCGUCUCCUGCAUCUCUUGAUAUUUUAUAAAUGUCAGUGGACAGUAUUGAUCACUGUGAUGCUACCUAUUAUCGUUAUUAUUUAACUCAGCCUGGUUGGGGCCCAUAGCGUAGCCACAAGAUACCUCAUGUUUAUGAAACUUUCAUUCUUAAGAACAGCUUCUAUCUCAAUAAUCCCAUUUCUCAACAUCUGCCUGUAAGUGAUGGUGAAGAAAACAACUUUUAUAAUAAAACUUUACCACCAAAGACUCA